UAAUUCUACAAUCAUAUUUCAAUGAAAUUAUUUAUUUGUCCACUGCUUUUUUACACACAAAAGCCCGGGGAUACCUUUUUUUCUUUUUUUGUCAAAGAGGGAUUAAACUCGCCUUUUCUGGAAAACUGGUAAAGCGGUAACGGACUUGUGCAUUGACACGACGGCGCCAACUGGGAGACCAAAAUAAUGUCGGAGAGAACGUUUUCCCUUUAUUUUAUUACGUUAGCUCACCACGACGGUGAACUGGAUCAACGCGGACUUAGAUGACGAGCAUAAAGAGCAGGCCGACACUCCUCAACGCACUUAGUUGGCACGGCCGUUAACCACUUCGACGAAUGCUAAACCAUCGUCGAGUGGCUUUGCCUUUUUUAAAUUUAUUUUUUGGAGGGGAGGGGGCGUAAACAAACUAAUUGAAAUGUUUGUAAGUAACAUUUUUAUUUGGGUGUCGAAAACAAGUCUUGUGGAUUUAAGGUGUGCCCGUCCUGGCGGCUAACCUAGCCACAUUAGCUUCGUAACGGCUAAUCGUAAGCGCGUGUCUUUUUUCCCCCCUAUAAAGAUCCUCACUUUGUGUCUCGUCAUCCUCACGUCAUAUAAAAAGUGACAUUACCACCGUUACCCACGUAUACUCCCAAGUUCUACGAACAGUACGAAGCCAACACGAUAUUAACGUGUUAUUGUAACUAAUAGAUCAACGAGCCGCUGUACCAAGUUCACAAAUCGUCCCCGAUGUCAAAGUAGUUCUACUUGCUGGUUAUCUUUAAUCUUGCGAAUAUUUCAUUACAGGAUUGGAUUCUUUCUACAAUGUCACCUUUAACAUUAAUUUAAAGGGCAUAGUAGCAGUCAAAUUGCCCUUUCCCCCCCCUCUUCCCCAUCCCUGAGAUUGUGCUGUUUGUCUAACAUGUUCAAAAACUGUAUGUACCAGCGCUGUGUAAAAUGUCUGCAAAGCAUCCCAGAAGUCAAACACCAAAAUCAGUUUGUAACGUAACCACCCAGUUCCCAGUUGGCAAAUUAGUUGAAUGUUUUAGUAAAUCCGAUUCCCAGCUCCCUCAAAUCCCACCAGUGACCCCAAAGUGUUAGCAGGAGGACUUUUUAAUGGUUGUGAGUGCAAAAUAUGAAGAAGGCCUGUCACAGCCAGAGGAGGGCGAACUGGAGGAGGGCGAGCUGGAGGAUGAUGGGGGUGAGGUGGGAGGCGACGCAGCUGCUGGAGGAGGAGGCGCAGAGGUGGGCGAGGAAGCAGGGGGUGGUGACACCGGUGCAGCAGGUGAUGCUGGCGGUGAGCGUGCCCCUCGAAGUCGGGAGCGACAUGCCAGCAGCAAUUCGGACGAGGAGCGCUCGCACCGGCGGAAGCGCAAGAGGAAGAAGGAGAAAGAGCGAGAGAAGAGGCGCACAAAGAAAAAACGCAAGUCCAAGCACAAACGUCACGCGUCAUCUGAUGAUGACUUCUCGGACUUCAGUGAUGAUUCUGACUACUCACCCAGCGAGAAGAGGAAGUACAGAGAAUACAGCCCCCAGUACCCCCCAGCCCCUCACCCUGGCUAUGGUGCCUCCAAGAAGGUUGGCUACAUGAAGAUGGACAAGCCGGGCUAUGGUGGCUAUGAUGACUAUGAGGAGGACAACUACGAGGGGGAGGAGGAGCAGGACAUGGGUGGCGAGGACUAUGACGACUUCACCAAGGAGCUCCACAUGUACCGCAAGGCCAAGGAGGGUGGACGCGGAGGACGAGGUCGUGGUCGCAUGAGGAACAUGAGGGGUCGAGGUGGAAUGAGGGGCGGGCGGCGAGGUGGACGAGGAGGCAGCCGAGGAAGAGGCGGACGAGGCGGAAAAAUGGGAGACGAUGAUGGAGAUGGUUUUGUGGAGGAGAUGGAACUUCAGUAUGAGGAUGAUUAUGACCACAUGGGGGAAGAGGACUAUGACGACUAUCAGUACAAGAGGUCCAAAGACAGAGGAAGAGGCAGAGGCGGCCGUGGAAGAGGUCGAGGCAAAGGAGGACGUGGCAUGAUGAGAGGCAAAAUGAGGAGCCGAGGGCGAGGAAGAGGGGACAUCAGCCACGAGGACGACAACAAUGGAGACAUGGACAAUGGGGAUGGAGGAGGUGAUGCUGGAUCAGGAAUGGGCAAGAGGAAUCAGAACGAAAAGUACCAGGAUAAGAAAGGAAAAGCCAUCUGCAAGUAUUACAUGGAAAACAGAUGCACCUGGGAGGAAUACUGCAACUUUAGCCACGACAUUGAGUUGCCCAAGAACAAAGAGUUGUGCAAGUUUUAUAUCACUGGUUACUGUGCUCGAGCCAAUCACUGCCCUUACAUGCAUGGCGAAUUCCCCUGCAAGCUGUUCCAUACCACAGGCAACUGUGUCAAUGGCGACGAGUGCAUGUUCUCCCACGAAAACCUCAACGACGAUACCAAGGAGCUGCUCAACAAGAUGCUGGCUGAGGACGCAGAGGCCGGGGCAGAGGACGAGAAAGAGGUGGAGGAGCUGAAGAAGCAGGGGAUCAACCCUCUGCCCAAACCCCCACCUGGAGUGGGCCUACUGCCCACUCCCCCUCGCCCGGCACCACUAGAAGCCAAUGCCGGGGCAGGGGAUUUCGGAGGCCCCGCAUCCGGUGACUUUGGGGGCGUCCCAGCUACCAACCAGGCACCCCUCCCCAACAAGGCUCCCCCCAGUGGUCUUGGGAUGGUUCCUUCUCCCAACUCAGGUGGUCCUCCAAUUCCAAAUCCAGAGGGAGCGCCAUACCAAGGAGCACCCUUGAACCCCAGUGGACAACCCCCUCAAAUGGUCCCCGCGCCCACUGGUGGUGGAGGGGGUGGCGGAAAGAAGAUCCCCUCCUUGUUUGAGAUCAAAGUGCAACCAACCGGACAGCUGGCUCAUAAACUGGCUGUUAAAAGCCAGGUACCAAGCAACACCCAGGCAACAACUCCAGCACCUGGUCCACCGGGGGCGCCCCCCACCAGCUUCCCCACCGAGAACAUGGGCACGUUUGCAUCUGGCGAUUGUCCUCCUCACGGGGGUGCCAUGCAGCCUCCUCAGGCUGGCGGGAACUACUUCAACACUUUCUUCAAUCAAGAGGGAAUGACGAUGGAAGGAGUGGUGGAAGAGGGUGAAAACUAUCAAGGAAGUGCUGCUAAGUUAAGUAGCCAGGAGGACGCCCCCAACGGAGCAAGUCAGGGAGGAAUAUCCGUCUCGGACCUUCUCCCUCCCGCACAGCGUGUCCUCUUUAUGAGAAUCCAACAGAAGCAACAGGAGGAGGAGGAACGAGCUAGACGCAUUGAUGGAGGCUCAGCGAAGUGCAGAGACACUGAAGGUGACUCUGGUAACUGGUACUCCAGCGAGGAUGAGGAUGGUGGCAGUAGUGUGACGUCCAUCCUAAAGACACUUCGGCAGCAGACGCAGGGUCCUCCUAAGACGGACACGCCGAGCGACCCUCGCCUCAAGACCAGCAUCCCCCAGGCACGCCCUGCUGACCCGCGUCUGGCUCGUGACCCACGUCUGGCCCGAGCUGUCGUACCAGACCUGGCACCGCCCGCACCCUCGACGGGCCCACCGGCGGACCCACGGCUCGCCCGAUUGUCCGCCGCCUCUCCGAGCUCUGCCGCUCUUCAACCCACUGUUUCUAAAGCUGAGCAUCCUCUCAUCUACAAACCGCCACCACUCACAGCACCGGCAGCGGAGGAGGAGGAGACGGAGCGAGUGCUGCGGGACAAGCCUGUUCCAAUCCCUCUGGAUCCCUUGAUGGGAAUGGCCCUGAGGGACCCCCGUUCCCAGUUGCAACAGUUCAGCCACAUCAAGAAGGAUAUUGUUCUCCACAUGCCCGCUUUCUCCAAAACCAUCACCUGGUCCCCCGAGGACCUCCUCCCGCUCCCACUUCCCAAACAAGACCUGCUUCCUCUCCCCCCUGGCAUUCCUCCGGUCCCCUCCCUCGACCCACGUCUGUCCCGCAUUGUCCACCCCCACUCGCAGUCUCCUCCCAUAGCCGCACCCCCCACCUCAGAACCCUCUACCGCUCCAUCAUCCUCCAUUCCGGACUUUGAGCUGCUGUCUCGCAUCUUGAAGACAGUCAGCUCCAGCCCUUCCCAGUCUUUAUCCCCUCCGCCGGCACCCACCCCCACUCCCCCUCUGGCGCUGCUGCCUCAACCUCCCCCUCUUCCGGCCACCCCCUCAGAAAAGCCUGUCGACCCUCGCAUGGCACGGAAAGGUCCCACGGACCCUCGCCUCCAGCCACAGAAGUCGGCCCUCAAGCAGGCGUCUGAGCCUCUGGCCCCACCCCCUGAAUCCUCUUCCUCUACUGCGGCCACAUCUGGUUCCUCGCCACCCACCAUCGCUCCCUAUGAUCCAAGGCUUCUUUCUUCAGGUGGAACUGGACGCAGUGCGGCGCCCGGCGCACCAGGGGGUGCCAAUGUACUGAGCAGCAUCAGUCUCUAUGACCCACGGACUACCAAACCAGGAAGCCCCGGUACUGCCGGUGGGCCCAACAACUCCCCCAACUCAGAGUCCCGACAAAGUGAGCCCUCAACUAGCAAAACAAAACCAAAAGAGCCUUUGUUUGUCCGCAAGUCUGCGUUGGAGCAACCUGAGCCAGAGAAAACCGUCGAGCAAGGCACCGACCGGUACAACAGCUAUAACAGACCCCGACCCAAACCUGCGCCCUCGCCCAACUCUGCCGCACUGGGAGGGCCCCCUACCGGGGGUCCGGCCUCUUCUGGAGCCGCGGCGGAGCAGGCGCCCGCUGGCGUUCACAACCUCCCAGUGUCCACCCUCUUUGGUGUGGUCAAGCAGGCCGGUAAACCCGGUGGGACCAGCAGCCCGUUUGGGGGUAGCAGCCCGGCCCAGUCGGAACAGCCAACCGCUGAGCAGGACAAUGGGUCACUCAAGGACGUUUUCAAGGGCUUUGAUCCUACCGCGUCGCCGUUCUGCCAGUGAUGCCAGUCAACUCCUGACAUGUUGUUGAUCCAACAUGGACGCACGCUAUGAGUGCAAUAGAUUUUGGGGGAUGUGGGAGAGUUAUAUGUCUAUUUUAAACAGAGGAACUGUUGUAUAAGUACGGACACAACAGACAGCGUUUUAGCAUUCGCUCAGUAUCACUCGUCUCACCUCCAGCUAUAGCAUUGAAUAACAAUGGAAUCGGAACCGUUGUGAUUUAUGUUAUUAUGAUUAACCCAGCAGCGCCACUGCCCAUCAUCCCAUAACCAGCUUUGUUUCCAUUUUUCAAUACAUGUAUUUAUUUUUCUACUUCCGUGCACUGUCCUCCCAGGGAGGACCCUAGUUUUUAAUGUUGCUCACCUUAACCGUUUCAAUAGGGUCGUCAGCUCCCCACCUCCAAUUCCUGUUGUUCCUUCUGCAGAGGAAGAGAAAUCAUUAGAUUCAGAAUGGGAGCGUUCAUGUUGCGUCUCUGGCGUUCUUGAUGGCGACGUGACAAUCACAAAUGUUUUACCGCUGCUUGCCAUUGAGAACACACCAAGUUCUCCCAGGAGACGAGUUUUGAGACCAGCUCCAAUAGGAUCCUUUUUUUGUAAAAAAAGAAAAUAUUGUUCCUUUUAAUUUAUUUUUAUACUUAAAACAUACUUCCACAUACUUAGCGUUUGUUGUUUUAACACAAUGUAUUUUUUUUAUUAGGUUCUGCUAUUCACUUUGUUGUGGGUUUUGUAAAAAAAAAAAAAUUCAGAAUCUGCUUUCAUUUCUUUGCAUUGACAACAAAAUCCAUUUGAGCUUUUUCUUGUCCAUUAUAGUGGUGGGUUCUCUAACUGUACACCACCGGGUGAGUAUUUGAAUAAAGACACCAACCAGAUUCAA